AUGUCAGUCAAAAUCAGAGAAAACAUUAAUGCAAUCAUCAAAGGUAUCCAAGAUAAUAAGAUCUUGGAGAUUUUCGAAAAAUACUAUGCCGAUGAUGUUGUGAUGUAUGAGAAAGGUGAUUCAACAAACAGAGUUGGAAAAGAUCAAAACAGAAAAGCUGAAGAAUCUUUUGUCAAUAAUGCAACCAUCCAUGAAGCAAAACUUCUCAAAGUUUUGGUUGAUGGUAACAACACUGCCUAUGAAAUUUUAUUUAUUUAUAUUUGUAAUUGA